UUAGAUCUAGAUUCUUUAUAGAUAUAGACAUAGGUCUGGAUGUAGACCUAGAUGCCUGGUUCCAGUUUGUUCAUUAAUUUCUCUUUAAUCUAGAUCUAGAUUCUGUGGAAAAUGGACUCCUGACUUUGUCGCAUAGUGACUAGUGUCAAGAGACCCACAACAGAGCUGAAAGUUUGGACCAACACACAGUUUAGACUGAAAUAAGUGAAACUAGUGAGACGAGUGAGACUAUUGAAAGAUGGUAAACCCAUUACGAGACUGCCUUGGACUCAUCAUCCAAAUUAUAACAUCGACUACAGGACUUUUUCUCCUCAACCUCGGCUACCUGCUGUUUGGUUCAUAUGUCUUCUAUAUACUGGAAUCCCCCAACGAAGCCCAGUUGGUGAGCGACUUGGCAGACAAGAGAAUCUAUCUGAUCCAGCAGCUUGACGCCCUGGAGAGGGCUGCUAAGACAACCCCAACUGUCACCACCACAUCAAAGGAUGGGGUGAAUGACGUCAAGAGGAAUGCGAGCAUACUUCUAGCUGACUAUGAGGAGAAACUGGCUGACUUCUAUAGAAAGAGAGCCGUACUGAAUAUCAACGAUGAGUCAGGCAGUAACGCCACUGGUCAAACCAAACUGUGGACGCCCCUGGGCGCUAUCAUUUACAGCUACUCAGUGAUAACCACUAUAGGUUGGGGUAACAUUGUCCCUGGCACUGACAAUGGCAAAAUGGUGACAAUUGUGUACGGAAUCUUUGGUAUCCCGCUUCUAUUUGCACUCAGUACAGACACAGGGAACAUGGUGGCUGCUUUUAACUUGAGGCUAUGGAGACUUAUCCAUGGGACAUUCUCAGUAGCUUCACGUGUGGUCGGCAUAAAUAAAAAAACAGAUGAAGAUGAGGAUGAGGAUGAUGAUGAUGAUAAUGACAACAGGUGGAGAGAUCAAAGUGAAAGUAACGCCAACGCCUUUUCAGAUUGGAAUUUCCCCUUACAAAGUGCUGAGCUAACAGAAAAGGAAAAGCUUGAUUGCCUUCGAAUCCGUCAAAAACUGGAUGGGAAACUUCAGCAUCUGUCUGAAGAUAUUUACAGUCAGACCAGUUACUUAAAAAGUGCAGAGUCUACAGUGAACUUUAUGCUGGACAUGGCGUUGAAGAAUGGGCCAAUAGAAUUUGAACACGUGCUGCCGAAAUUAUUGCCUCACAAAAGGAUUUUGUGCCAGGAAGAUGCCAUACAGCUGGUUCAGGAAAUAGACUCCUUGGCUUUUUCAGAGCUGAAACUCUGUUCUGAGCUUGUCGGUGUUCCUUGGAGGAUUUUCACAAGGUUCUUUUCAGAGGAGACACAAUUUACAGUUGCGUCGACUGCUGAAAUGACAGGCGACCCCGAAAUAGGAAAAGGCAGCAGUUUUGCUGUAACUUUAUCCUCGGCAACAGACAUGGAAGAGCUGACUGUGCAAUCUGGACAAUCAUCAUCACCAGACGUUAAAGAAGCCCAGGCAACUGAACCGACUGAUACAAUUAUCUCUGAAAAUGUGGAAAAAACAAAAUUAACAAACCGGAUGAACAACAUUCAAACUUCAAAGAAGAAAAAGUCAGAAUGUGUCACUGAACCAAAAUUGCCCGAUGUAUUUAAUCAAGAAGAUAUUGAUUUAAAAAACGAAGUGAGCUGCGUUGAGAAAGAUUGUCUGGACAGUAACAACAUUCAAGGUGAUUCGGCUAAAGUAGUACUGGAAAAUAAAGAAGGUAAAUACAUAACAAAUACUGAGGACAAAAGUGGGUCAAGUUCUAAUGAACAAGUUGAUUGUACAGUAUCGAAUGCAGUAAAUACAUUGGAAGACGCCUACAAAACAUUAAUGGAUAAGUCUGGACUGUUGUCGACGAAAGACUGUUUAAUGAACGAGAAUGUAUUAAACGAUCAAUUAAAACAGCCAUCAGAAGACGAUGGCAUAAAUACAUUAUCCCAAAGCAGAUUAGAACAGCAUGAGACUUUAGACUCUAAGACCAAAAAACUGGCUCUCAUUUUCAGAAAAGUUUUGGAAGUAGAAAGACUGGAACUUAUUCCAGGCAAAGCUGGUAAAAAGAAAAGACUCACUCGUUGGGAAAAAGUGUCUCGUGAAACUGGAUUAAAAGUCGAAGGAAGUCAUGACUCUAGUCAGCAAGUAACUCCUUCUCAGACAAAACAUGUCGGGAAACAAAGUCACUCUGUGGGAGACACUGGAAGCAAAAGUAGUGAAAAUGAUUCGAGUAGUGCCGUUAAGGAAUGUAGCUCCAAGAAAAGUAGCCGUUUUGAUGAAGCCAGCAGUAGACUCAGCCAUGCAGAAAGCUUGCUAGUAGAGGUUGGCAGCAGAUUAGAUGACAAGAUAAGCUCCCAGUCGUAUAGUUCGGGUAGACAGAGGGGAAAUAAUGCUGUAAAGAUUAGGCAUAAUACCCAGAAGAAAAAUGACUGGAAUAAUAAGCCAAGCAUUCAUUAUAUUAACAAAAACUUAGAACAAGUCAAGCCUGCCAAGAGAAUAGUCUCUCAAGACUUUCCUGCUAAACUGUUGGAUUCAGUAACACUUCAGCCUGUAAAUAACCAUGAUGCUCAAGGAGAUAAUGAAGCCAUCAAAUCUAAGCAUCCUGUCAUAAAUGAAACUAAAACUAAAGAAGCUCUUCAAAACAGUGAGGUAGAUGCAGUCUAUGAUAGUACAAGCAACAAGAAAAUAAUGUACAAUCUUAAAUGUCAUUCCCAAUCGCUCAGAGACUGUGGAACUGUCUGCAAGACAAUGAGCAGUGUACAUGCUAAGACAGGUUGCUUAAACGAUAACUCUUUCUCAAAAGACAUUAGAAUGAAAGUCCCACCUAAAACUACAGAUCUAUCUGGUGACAGUAAUUUCCCCGUGCCUUCAAAGUAUAUUCAGCUUAACAGCAACCUUUCAGAUUUCACUUUUUGUGAAAUGCCUAAUACAAUGAGAAAUGUCACUACUGGACGCUAUCCCAACUUACCUAGUCAAAGUCAUGCAGCAGGUACCAAAGAAGCAGCUAAAACAGUCUCAAGACUGGUAAGAGAUCUAAAUCAAAUGUCGGACUUUGUUACACUUCACGCCAGACUGAAUCCUAAUGCCAAAGAUGCUGGAAUGCAAGACAAUAAGCCAGAGAGUAAACUAACAAAACAGAGUGCACUGGUCCAUGGUAGGAGUGGCCACGGUAAAGAAAGUCGCUAUCAAGAUGAAAAAAGGUUAAGACAGGAGUGUCGCUCCCGAGAGGGAAGAAGCUCAAGACAAAGUCGCUCCCGAGAGGGAAGAAGCUCCAGACAAAGUCGCUCCCGAGAGGGAAGAAGCUCCAGACAAAGUCGCUCCCGAGAGGGAAGAAGCUCCAGACAAAGUCGCUCCCAAGAGGGAAGAAGCUCCAGACAAGAUAGUCGCUACCGAGAGGGAAGAAGCUCCAGACAAGAUAGUCGCUCCCAAGAGGGAAGAAGCUCCAGACAAGAUAGUCGCUACCGAGAGGGAAGAAGCUCCAGACAAGAUAACCGCUACCGAGAGGGAAGAAGCUCCAGACGAGAUAGUCGCUACCGAACGGGAAGAAGCUCUAGACAGGAAUGUCGCCUCAGAGAGGGCGACCUCAACCAGAGUGCCGACCAGAACAUUAACUACGCCGACUUCUUCGGCCGAGGGGAUGACGACGACGACGCGUCUCUCUCCAUGUCUGACAUGAGCAUGGACUACUCUGAGUACACAGACGAUGACAUAGACGACGCAGACGACGACGAGGCAGAGCCGGAAGUGGAGGCCACGAAGAAAGAGGACGAGAGCCACCUUCCCCUCUCCGUCCUGUACUUCUUUGUGAUCAUGUACAUCCUCGCGGGCUCCCUCGUCUACUUCAACUUCUCAAAGGAGGCUGAGAAUAAGUUCCUCAACUGGGUCUACUUCAUCUACGUCACGCUGUCCACCACAGGGUUCGGGGACAUCCUCCCAGAGGAGCACAUGCUGCUGUUCACUGCCAUCUACGGACUGCUCGGGAUGGCUAUUUUCAACAUUCUCCUGAACGGGACGCUCGAGACCUUCCUUUACGCCAUCGACUACAUCAACGCCUUCAAUGUCGGGGCUGAGGAAGAAGAAGAGGACGAUGAAUAGGAAACAAAAGUUUUGAAAUCAUCACAUUUUCUCAUCCCUGUAAUGUACCUCCUGGAAUAUCAGCUUAUCUUUAUAAACUUUUCUUAUCAGCUUAUCUAUAGUAACUUUAGAAACAUAUUUUAUCAUCUUAUCUUUAGAAACUUAUCUUAUCAGCUUAUCUUUAGUUACUUAUAAAUUUUUCUCAUCAGCUUAUCUAUAGUAACUUUAGAAACUUAUCUUAUUAGCUUAUAUUUAGUUACUUUAAAAUGUUUCUUAUCAGCUUAUCUAUAGUAACUUUAGAAACAACUUUGUAGCUUAUAUUUGGUUACUUUAAAAUGUUUCUUAUCAGCUUAUCUAUAGUGACUUUAGAGACGUAUCUCAUCAGCAUAUUUUUACUUACUUUAGAAAAUUAAGAAAUGAUACAAUCACCUUUUCUAUAACCCAAUUCUUACGCUUAUAACAUGGUCAACGUGAUAACCUAUAAUUGGCAUAUAGAUACAUAAUUUUGCCAGUCGGGGUAGAGAGGAGAAGUAACUGGGGGAAGGUAGACUCAACUCAUGCCGGGCCUUGAACCCAUCCCCUUAUUAGGUAGCCCAGUGGAUUAAAUUUCCCAGCCACGCUACUCUGUCCUUGGACAUUUGCAUCCUACGGUGACACUCCCACUAUAUUGGCCUAACAUUGCCACUACUUUGACAAACAUUCCCAUUUCCCCCCCCCCCUCUCCCACAAUCAGCUGACCUCCGUCUUGCACGGAAAACGCAUUUAAAUGUCUUCUGUACAGAGCGCACAAUGUAACCGCGUCAGGACCUAUCGUUUUGUGGACUUCAUUUUCUCUUGGACUUUUCAUCUGACACAUUAUGUUCUUUGAGAUUGCAUAAAAAAAUAAUGUUUGUUAUGAGAGUGUAUCGCUCGUUUGGUCAAGAGAUAAGUACUGAAAGACUUGUGCAUCGCCUCCUACUGUCAUCAAGGAGUUGUUGUAUUUUUUUUUGUCUAGUGUUAAUUAAAAUAGGAUGAUAUGGUCAAAUGAAUAAAUAUUUUUUAGAAAUGCAAGUAGCAAGACUAAGACUAACAUAGCAAAUCUUUCUUGAAGCAAAAUGACUGUAAAUAGUCAUAUAUAUAUGUAUGUGUGUGUGUGUGUGUGUGUGUGUGUAUGCCUCUGUGUGAUGUUCUGGGCAAUGAAGUAGACUUGUCAUUUUCGUUGACGUCUGCGCCCUCGAAGAAUGUUAAACCAAGACCAAUUGUUGUAAGAAGGACUGAACACUGACGUCGCAACCUAUGGGCAGUUUAGAAGGUAGCUCGUGGCCACCUCACAUUUUUGACGUCACGACCUGUGACGUGGCAUUUAGUUGACACAGCUUGAUAUAAGUGACAUUUAGAUGACAUUUAGUGGGAUAUUACUGGCGUAAUUGAUCUGCAGAUGGCAUUUAGAUGACAUUUCGUGGAUAUUAAUGACAUUACUGAUCUGCAGAUGGCAUUUAGAUGACGUUGCUUAACAAAUUUGACAUGCUGAUGACAUUCCGUUGACAUUACUAAUAUAAACAUUUAUUUGACAUUGCUAACAUAAAAAAAAAAUGUAAUGACAUGUAGAUGUAUGUAUCGAUGAGAAAAAGAAAAAGAUUUAUUAUAAAAGAAAAAAAGUUCAAACGUAACAAUGAAUUUGUGUAUAUUCAUCUACGAAAUUUGAAGAGAAUAUAAAAACAGUCAAUUGUGUAUGUUGAUUCUUGACUAUUUGUUUUGAGAAUAAAAAUUUCAAUAAACAAUAUUCGUUUACGUGUA